CUUCCACGCGCACCCUUCCAAGUCCCAAAUGUCGAAGCACCCAGCGAAGACUAGAGCGGCAAAACCCCCUCCACCCACCUUUCUUCGAUCGCCGACGCUAUGAGCGACUCUCGCGAAGAAUCUCCCGACUGGCUUCGAGCUUUUCAGGCACCAAGUCAGGCUUUCUUUACACUAUCUUCGGCAUCUGAGUCUUCCCCAGAAGGUAGCCCAACAAGGUCUGAUCAUACCCGCAAAGAACCAAAGAAACCUCCAGAGGAUUCGAUUCUAAUAGACAGUGGAGAAGAAAGUCCGGUCAUCAAGACCAAAAAACAAAAGACUGUCAGAACUAAACCUAAUCAAAAACUAAAAGAAGACACCUUGGAUGUGCAAGAUGAUGGACCGGUGGAGGAAGAUAUCAGAGAGAAACCUUCUGGACCUACUAUCUCGUCAAGGUUGCCUCUGGUGUUCCCAGACAAAGUUCAACGUUCAAAGGCACUGGUUGAAUGUGAUGGGGAUUCCAUAGACCUAAGUGGAGAUGUGGGUGCUGUUGGGCGAAUAGUAAUAUCAAAUGGUCCUGCUGGAAACGAGGAUAUGCUCUUAGACCUAAAAGGGACCUUAUAUAAAUCAAUGAUAGUUCCUUCAAGGACGUUUUGCAUCGUUAGUGUUGGACAAUCAGAAGCAAAGAUAGAAGCUAUCAUGAACGAUUUUAUCCAAUUGGAGCCUCAGUCUAAUGUGUUUGAAGCUGAAACAAUGAUUGAAGGAACACUUGAUGGAUUUUCGUUUGAUUCGGAAGAGGAGGCAGAUAAAUUGCCUAAAUCUUCUGUUCAUCAAAGCGAUCAAAAAAAUGGAAAAGGAGACCAACCAGAUGCGAAGACCAAAAUCGAGAAGUCAUCGGGUAUGGCACAUAAGAAGGCAAAAAGUACUGCAAGGCCAUCCAAGAAAGCAGCAAAGAAGUCUCAAGUUGUAAAGAAAACAAAAAGGAAGAAAUGAGAUGAACGUGUGCUUGGUAUAAUCUUGUAUCACUGCAUCCAACACUAGUUACUACUAAUUAGCUGGAAACAGGAAAAAGUGGGGUUGGGGGGCGGCAGGGGCAUUCAUUUUUGUUUCUUUCUCCCUCCUCUUCUUCCUUUUUCGGCCAACACGCCGAGUUGUUUUAUUGUCUUGAAUUCCAGACAGUCACAUGAACGGCUAACAGGCUAUUGGAAUGAACCGCGGAGGGAUAUUGGGCCUCACCUACUGGCUUACCUAGAGAAAGGUUGCUAGAAACUUGGUAUGAGUGAUUUGUAUCCUCUAAACUGUCCAGAAAUCUCUUUUUAUACACUCAAUGUUCUCGAUUCCAUG